AUGUCAGUGCCGUCAGUGGGAAUAGACCUCGGGACCACGUACUCCUGCGUUGCCGUGUUCCAAAAUGGCAAGGUGGAGGUCAUCGCUAACGACCAGGGCAACAGGACUACGCCUUCGUACGUUGCCUUCAACGAUACCGAAAGACUGAUCGGUGACGCGGCGAAAAAUCAGAUUGCUAUGAACCCAAAAAACACAGUAUUCGAUGCAAAACGUUUGAUAGGAAGAAAAUUUGAUGAUCCCAAAGUACAACAAGAUAUAAAACACUGGCCAUUUAGUGUCAUUUCGGAGAAAGGUAAGCCAAUGAUUAUAGUUGAAUACAAGGGUCAGUCGAAGAAAUUCUCUCCCGAAGAAAUUUCUUCCAUGGUAUUGACUAAAAUGAAACAAACCGCUGAGACGUAUCUCGGUGGUACCGUCAAAGAUGCCGUAAUAACAGUGCCCGCAUAUUUUAACGACUCGCAGCGACAAGCAACAAAAGAUGCUGGGGUAAUCGCAGCGCUUAACGUCCUCAGAAUAAUCAAUGAGCCGACAGCCGCAGCUCUCGCCUAUGGCUUAGAUAAAGAUUUGAAAGGUGAAAAAAGUGUUUUGAUUUUCGACCUGGGCGGUGGCACGUUCGACGUAUCAAUACUCCAAAUAGCUGAAGGUUCACUGUUCGAAGUUAAAUCUACAGCGGGCGAUACUCAUUUGGGGGGCGAAGAUUUCGACUGCCGAAUGGUUGAUUACUUCAGUGAGGAGUUCGAAAAGAAAUAUAAAAGGAGUAUUAAGGAUAAUCCAAAAGCUAUACGGAGACUAAGAACGGCAUGUGAAAGGGCUAAAAGAACUCUUUCUUCGAAUACAGAGGCCACUAUAGAGAUAGACGCUUUACACGAAGGCAUUGACUUUUAUUCAAAAAUGACCAGAGCAAGAUUUGAAGAACUGUGUUCGGAUUUAUUCCGACAAACACUGACGCCAGUUGAAAGGGCAUUAAAAGAUGCGAAACUAAACACUAGGGAAAUACACGACGUAGUAUUGGUAGGCGGUUCUACAAGGAUUCCGAAAGUUCAGAGGAUAUUACAGGAAUUUUUCGGCGGGAAAACGCUGAACCUGUCAAUUAAUCCAGACGAAGCUGUAGCAUACGGCGCGGCCGUCCAAGCAGCCAUCGUUUCCGGAUCGAAGGACACUCGUAUACAAGAUGUGCUCUUAGUGGACGUAACACCUUUGUCACUAGGCAUUGAGACUGCAGGUGGCAUUAUGACAAAGCUCGUCGAUAGAAAUACCCGAAUACCAAUUGCGCAGAAAAAGAUAUUCUCAACUUACUCAGACAAUCAGCCCGCUGUCACAAUUCAAAUAUACGAGGGAGAAAGAGCAAUGACGAGGGACAAUAAUUUGCUAGGAACAUUUAAUCUCUCGGGUAUACCACCCGCUCCAAGGGGUCUACCACAAAUUGAGGUCACAUUCGAUAUCGACGCAAACGGAAUAUUGAAUGUAAGCGCCGAAGAUCGAAGUACCGGCAGAUCCGAGCGCAUAACCAUAUCGAACGAUAAAGGUCGCCUCAGCAAGAACGAAAUCGAGAAGAUGCUGCAGGAAGCGGAAAAGUUUAAGGCCGAAGACGAGGCAGCAGCCGAAAACUCCGGUAGCAGGCUUACGGACGGCGAGCGCAGCGAAGUGGUAACGGAGUGCAACAACCAGCUGCGUUGGCUGGAGGGGAACCUGAACGCCUCCGCUUCGGAGUUGGAGCAGCGGUUGAGGGCGGCGCAGAGCGUCUGCCAGCCGGCCAUGAUGAAGCUGCACGGAGCCAUGGGCGGCAGGCCGGGCAGUGCUGACGGGCCGAGGGUCGAAGAGCUGGAC